AGAUUUUUUGGAACAGUAAGACAGGCAGCAGGAUCGAAUGAUCAUCCAGGAGUAUUAACUUUUCUUCAAAUUUAUAAAAUUUUGAGUACUUUUAGUGUGAUUAAACCACCACAAUAUGGGAAUUGCAUGGUUGUGAAUGAUGAGGGACCAAUGGUUGUCCUUUCGGAUAUAAAGGAAUUAUACAAAGAUUCUCGCCAUAAUCAAACAUCUUUAACAAAAUUAAAAGAAAAAUUAAAUAACAUUAAUAACCACAAUGAUGAAUAUUUAGAUGUGUUCUUGGAACAUGAUUAUAGUCAACUAGAAGUAAUUGACUGCGUUAUUUAUCAAGUCACUGGAUAUUUAUCUAAACACAUUUUAAAAUUCGUAAAGUGUGACAUAUGUAAAAAUGCAUUUACAACUGGCACUACAUAUAGUCCCUUUCCACCUGCUCUAUUAA